AUGGCUGGCUACGACACAUACAGCACGGUGCUAAGCAAACGCUACCCCUCGGAGGAGAUGAAGACCAUCUUCUCCGAGCGCAACCGCAUCUCGACCUGGCGCACCCUUUGGUACAACCUCGCCGCCGCCGAGAAGGAGCUCGGGAUCAAGGCCAUCACAGACAGUGCCCUCGAAGCGCUCAAGGCCAACAUUAAGAUCACCGAUGAGGCCUUUGCUGUCGCCAAGGAGGAGGAGAGGAUCCGCCGCCACGAUGUCAUGGCCCACGUCCACGCCUAUGGUAUCGAUGCUGGCAAGGAGGCUGCCGGUAUCAUUCACCUUGGUGCCACUUCUUGCUACGUCACCGACGGUGCUGAGCUGAUUCUCAUGCGCGAUGCUCUUGACCUGCUCAUCCCCAAGCUCGCCAAGGUCAUCUCCAACAUUCAGCAGACCGGCUUGGCUUGGAAGGACGUUCCUUGCCUGGGCUACACUCACUACCAGGCUGCGCAGCUUAUUACUCAGGGCAAGCGUUUGGCUCAGUGGGCGCAGGAUCUCGUGUCUGACCUCGAGAACCUCGAGCGCGCGCGCGCCGACCUCAAGUUCCGUGGCGCCCAGGGCACCACCGGCACGCAGGCCUCUUUUGUCGAGCUGUUCGAGGGCGAUACCGCCAAGAUUGACCGCCUCAACGAGCUCCUCUGCGAGAAGCUCGGGUUCCCUCAGUGCUACGACAUCUCUACGCAGACCUACUCCCGCAAGGUCGACCUGAAUGUGGCCAACGCCGUUUGCGGCAUUGGUUCUACUGUGCAGCGCAUCACGGGUGACAUCCGUCACCUUGCCAACCUGAAGGAGAUGGAGGAGCCUUUUGAGUCGACCCAGAUUGGUUCGAGUGCUAUGGCCUACAAGAGCGAGCGCAUUGCCUCUCUCGGCCGCAAGCUCAUGAGCCUGCCCAUCAACUUUGCCAACACAUACGCGUCUCAGUGGUUCGAGCGCACUCUUGACGAUUCGGCCAUCCGUCGCAUGGACAUCCCCGAGAUGUUCCUCCUCGCCGACAGCAUCCUGAACACCAUGGACAACGUCACCAAUGGUCUCGUUAUCUACCCCGCGCGUAUCCAUGCCCAUGUCAUGUCCGAGCUCCCCUUCAUGGCCAGCGAGAACAUCAUCAUGAAGCUGUCGACCCACGGCGUGUCCCGCCAGGAUGCGCACGAGGAGGUUCGCGUGCUGUCCCACCAGGCCAGCGACGUUGUCAAGCAGCAGGGCGGGCAGAACGAUCUCAUUGAGCGCAUGAAGAGGACCGAGUUCUUCAAGCCCGUCUGGAACGAGAUUGAUGACAUGCUCAAGCCUGAGCUGUUCACAGGCCGGUCCGCUGAGAUCGUGGAGCGCUACUUUGGACCCGAGGGACCUGUCGCGCAGAAGCUGGCGCCGUACAAGGAGUACAUUGCCAAGACCAAGCCCGUCCAGUUGUCCGUAUAA